GACUACAACGCCCGGGCGGCCGCGCGCUUCCCGCUUCUUCCGCUUCCAGGGCAGCGGGGGCGACCGGAGGAGACGUGUCCUUCCGUGGCCGCCGGCGGAGGGGAGAGCGGCGCGAUGGAGCUCGAGGCCAUGAGCAGAUACACCAGCCCGGUGAACCCGGCUGUGUUCCCGCACCUCACCGUGGUGCUGCUGGCCAUUGGCAUGUUCUUCACUGCCUGGUUCUUCGUCUAUGAAGUGACUUCCACUAAGUACACACGGGACAUCUACAAGGAACUGCUUAUCUCUUUGGUGGCUUCACUUUUCAUGGGCUUUGGAGUUCUCUUCUUGCUGUUGUGGGUCGGUAUCUAUGUGUGACACUAAGCCAGGGACCUAUUCUAGAUUCCAGGUGGAAGACCUCACAGAAGCUCCAUCUUUUUUCUACUUUUGUACUUUAAGGAUAUGGCCCAUCAUAGAUGCGGACUCUGUGUCCUGCCAAGUGACAUCACCUCAAGCGUGAAUAAAGCUGGUUCUGUGAUGUAGCAAA